GCCGAGGACUGGAGGGGUGGGGACCCAGGGAGUGGCGGCGGUCCGGAGUCUAGGCGACGGGGCGUGACGGGGCCGGAAGGUGGCGGGAGGGGGCCGGGUCGGAGCGGGCCGGAGGGCCAGGUCCGGAGGCCCCCACCCUGGCGUGCCCGCCCCCUCCGCGGCAGAGGAGGAAGAGGAGGAUGAUCUCCAGAUACACUCGGAAGGCGGUGCCUCAGAGCUUGGAGCUGAAAUAUAACUUUUUAAAAAAUCUUUCACAGGAAAGGAAUAACAAAACAUGCUAUUAGUCAUCAUCCUCUUCCAGAGCAGCUAGAUGAAAUUUCUUCUACCAAUGAAAGCCAUGAAAAAGACACCAGUUCCCAAAGUGAGUCUGACAUCACACAAGAAUCGCCUUUUACAUCAGCUGACACUGGGAAUUCAAGAUCUGCUUUUCCAAGCUAUACAGGCACAGGGAUCUCUACAGAAGGCAGCUCAGACUUCUCCUGGGGCUAUGGAACUUGAUCAAAAUGCCACUGAAAAAGUCCAGGCAAUGUUCACAGCCAUUGACGAGCUCUUAUAUGAGCAGAAGUUGAGUGUGCAUACUAAGAGUCUACAAGAAGAGUGCCAACAAUGGACAUGUAGCUUUCCUCACCUCAGGCUUCUGGGUAGGCAGAUAAUCACUCCAAGUGAAGGUUAUGGACUGUAUCCUAGAUCCCCUUCUGUUGUUUCAGCUUCACAGGAGGCAACACUUUCUCAAGAAAGAGAUUCUACUAUGUUUGGUAUUAGGGGAAAGAAGUUACAUUUUUCAUCUUCUUAUGUUCAUAAAGCAUCUUCCAUUGCCAAAUCCCCUAGUUUGUAUUCUAUGGAGAGAGAAGAGGAAGACUGUGUAAUCUUUUCUGAAGGAAUAAUAGAGGAAUACCUAGCCUUCGACCACACUGAUAUGGAAGAGGGGUUUCAAGGAAAGAAAUUACAAGCAGCUCCAGAGAAACAGAAAUUAGGAUACCCUCCCAUUGCUCCAUUUUACUGCAUGAAAGAGGAUGUCCUUGCUUAUGUGUUUGACGACGUAUGGAGCAAGGUUCUGAAUUGUAUGGAGCAGCUGACACGUAGUCAUUGGGAGGGAUUGGCUUCUGAUGAUGAGAGUAAUGUUGCAAUCACCAGACCAGCUUCAGAAAGCCCCUGUGUGCUGAGCGAACCACAACCUUUGGUGUUACCUCGAGUGCCACAGUUGAAGGUGCCGUCCAUCACCUCAAAUCCAAUGAAUCUCUGUCAAGCAGGAAGUGGUCAUCAGCCAAACGUGAAUGGUCUCUUGGUUCAUGGGAUGCCUCUACAGCCAAGAAAUCUCUCCCUAAUGGACAAACUACUAGAUCUUGAUGACAAGUUACUUAUGAGACCUGGAUCCAGUACCAUCCUUUCAACUCGAAAUUGGCCAAAUCGAGCCCUGGAGCUUAGUACAUCAGCUCUAUCAUACACAGUACAGUCUGCCAGGAGACGCAAUCCCCCACCACGUACCCUUCAUCCCAUCAGCACAAGCCAUUCACGCGCUGGAACGCCAAGACCUGUGGAAGAAAUACUCAGAGGAUCCCGAGUCCCAGUAGCCGCUGACUCGCUCUCUCCCUCACCAAUGCCCCUGAGCCGAAACAAUCUGCUGCCCCCUAUUGGCACAGCUGACGUGGAACACUUGAGCACCGUGGGGCCACAAAGGCAAAUGAAAACCCACGGCGACUCCAGUCGAGCUCGAAGUGCGGUGGUGGAUGAGCCUAACCAUCAGCAGCCCCAGGAGAGGCUCCUUCUACCGGACUUCUUCUCCAGGCCCAACACAACUCAAUCAUUUUUGCCAGAUACACAGUAUCAUCAUUCAUGUGCUGUUGAGUAUCCUCAUCAGGCCCGACCUCGUAGAGGAUCUGCAGUGACAGGUCCUCAGUUACAUGGGUCUACAAAAUCUCAAAACAGAGGUGGACCAGUCUCUAGAAGCAGGCAGGGGCCAUAGGGGAAAUGAGAAGAAACUGCUUCAGGCUGCAGGGAACAACGUGAGAAAAAUUCAUGAAUCAGUGUUCAGUCAUCUUGUGUCACAAAGCUUGUAUACAAGAGACCACUUAAAACCGUCUUCAUGAAGUGUUAAUCUGGUAUAACUGACUGAGAAAAAAAGAGGAUCCGCCAAAAAUUACAAGGGUACUGUUUCUCUCUCCAGUUCCUGUCUUCCUUCAGCCUAAGUUAGCCUAUUCCACUGGACUUAAAAUUUGUACCCAAAGAAGUAACAAAUGAAUUAUUAUCCCCAAAUCUCA